AUGUCUUAAAAUAUAUUAAAAGACAUACUACAUCUGGUAUGAGUAAAACACUAUUUUUAUAAGUUAGAAGGACCCUCUUCAGACUCAUUCAAAGACCUAGACUCCUAACUAAUGUUUAUCAAAGAUGCCAUUCUCCGUAAUUAACUUAAUCAAGAUUAUUAAGAACUUGAAAAACAAGUUUAAAAAUAUGAAGGUGAAAUCAGAAAACAUAUUAGAGUAAAACUCAUUAUUCUUAUCAUUAGACUGAAUAAUAAAUCAAACUCUAUUGUGAAUAACUCUAAUAACAAUUAGAACAAUUGCAAUAAAAUAAUAAUAACAAGAACUUUAUUCAUGUAUGAGUUCUAUUCAUUUCUUAGUAACUGAAGAAAGAAAUUCUAUUAUUGCAUGAAUAAAAUAAGCAACUUAUUGAAGAAAAUACGCUUCUCAAAAAGAAGAUACAAGAAACUAAUGAAAUUUAACAUUCUACCAUUUCAAGCAAACAACCUUCUAAAUUAGCCGAUUUUAUUCGUAAACAAAAACUUCCCAAUGACAGGGACACAUAUCUUAGUAAUACUAUUGAUGUUUCUUCUAUAUAUAAAAAAGAUUAAAAUAGAUUGAACUCGAAAACCAUCUCACAAUAAACUACUGAAUAGAAUUAUGAUCAUAAUAAGUAAUUUAUUAAUAAUUUUAACAUUAUUUGUAAUAAAUAAAAAAUUACAUGCAAUAUUUAUAGAUAGAAAAAGAGUUUUAGUGAACAUAAGCAAAUCAAAAAUAAGUUAGAUAUAUCCUCUAUUAAUUGA